AUGAAGACAAUUAAUUGUUACUUGCUGUUACUUUGCUGGAAAGCAAUUUGUGGUAAUAUCUGUGAGCUGUCCAAUAUCACCAUAGCAGUGGAGAAGGCAGAGUGCAGGUUCUGCAUUAGUGUGAAUGCCACCUGGUGCUCUGGAUACUGCUUCACAAGGGAUCCAGUGUAUAAGUACCCCCCAGUAUCAUCAGUUCAGCAAACCUGUACUUUCAAGGAACUUGUUUACGAAACAGUGAAGAUCCCUGGCUGUGCUGACCAUGCUGAAUCAUUUUAUUCAUAUCCAGUGGCUACCGAGUGCCAUUGUGAGUCAUGUGAUACUGACAACACUGACUGCACUGUGAGAGGCUUAGGACCAAGCUACUGCUCCUUCAACCAAAACCAAAGCAAAGAAUAA